GCAUUUUGGAUUCCCAAAUUGGACUACUUUCCCUCUCCUACGUCUCUCUCUCUCUGUAAAAAGAAGGGAUUUUUCUAUUUUUCAAUUUUGUUUUUCGCGUUUCAGCUUCUUCGCUUCCAGCUUCCGUGAUCAGCAAGCCCCAAAGAGGCUAAACUGGUCUUUGCCUUUAUAAUUUGACUCUGGUAUCUGCAACUGCUACAAUGCCUUCCGACAUCUCACCCCGGUGGAAAGAAAAGACUACCGAGUUCUUUUCUUCCUCAGGGGUGAAGAUUAAAGAAGCUGGACAUUCGGCUGGAACAUUUGUUGAAGAGGUCACUAAAGAUGCAAAAGUGAAUGUUGCUGAUGUGGCAGAACGAGUUGGGUCAAUGUUCAAAAGUCGAUGGGCACUUCUUCAGCAACCAGCUACAAGACAUGCUGUUCAGGAACGUCUUAUAGUUGCUGCUGCAACAACUGGUACAUUUUUUAGGAAGGGCUUAUCAGAGACAAAGGAAAAGGUUUCUGUGGGGAAGAUAAAAGUUGAAGAGGUGGCAAAGAAGACUGCCCAAAAGAGCAAAACUAUAUUGAGUGACAUUGAAAGAUGGCAGAAGGGUGUUGCAAGCACUGAUGUUUUUGGAGUUCCGAUUGAAGUUACUGUGCAACGGCAACAAUCUAGUAGGCCUAUUCCUCAAAUUUUGGUCAGAUGUGCAGAUUAUCUCAUAUCAUCAGGACUCAAUACACCAUAUCUGUUUAAAGGCGAGGGAGAUAAAAAAGUCAUUCAACAACUAGUUUCACUGUACAACCAAGAUUCAAAUGCAUCAUUACCAGAGGGUGUAAGUCCAAUUGACGUAGCGUCUCUAGUCAAAUGUUACCUAGCUACCCUUCCUGAGCCACUAACCACAUUUGAGCUUUAUAAUGAGAUCAAAGGUGCUCGUUCCAGCAUACGUGCGAUGAGAAACAUGCUCAGGAGGCUGCCUACAGUCAACUACACAACCCUAGAAUUUGUCACUGCAUUACUGCUACGCGUUAGCCAGAAGUCAGUUCUUAACAAGAUGAACAUCCAAAGUCUCGCAAUGGAGAUGGCCCCUGUUAUAAUUUGGCAAAAGGGUAGGACACCAGACCUAUAUAGGAAAUAUUGGAAUCAACCAUCAAAAGGUCCUUCCAGGAAGAACUUGGAUCCAGAGCCUACAUAUUCUGCGUGGGACAUGCUUUCCGAUGAAGGUGAUGAUGUAGAUGAUUCCAUCCCCUUGGAUGAUGGUGUGCCCAUGGACCUUGGCGCUAUUGAGGUCGUCCAGUGCCUCAUGGAACAUCACAAUGCAAUUUUCACAGAUGCUAAUGAAACAAUCUGGAGAUGAAACGAAUUCCUUGGGCAGUCCAACUCCAACUCCAACUGACGAUGUUUCGAGACUGAAGCCAGAUCUGGCUGAGACGAUGAUUACAAGUACAAGAAGUUAUGACCUUUGCCAGUCCUAAGAAAGUUCAAACUUUUUUCCGAGUUGGAGCAUGGUAGACCACUUGCAAGGGGAGAUGAAGCUACUAUCUCAUUACAUACACUUGCUACUAUGAGUGCUUGGUUUGCAGCAGUGAAAAAGCUUGGAUUUAAUACCGAAUUGGACCGUUAUGAUUGGUUUUGGCAUUGUUUUCUUAGUUUGGUUUGAGUUACUGCAUCACCAUGAUUGUGUAAAUUCCUUAAUAAGAUCAGUUAAGACUGAGUUUAUGGUGGACUCAGGUUGCAGUACAGACUAGGUCUAUGUUGGAUUGGCAUAUUGUAUAAAGAAGCGAUUUUCAUGAUGUUCAACAAUUAAACAGAAUGUUUAUUAAAGAAGUUCAAAUCUUCGUUUCUA